UACAGGAUGGAGCCCGGCUCUCAUAAAUUCUACCACGUAGAUGCUUCCACUCCCGGAAUUUUCUGGAAACAUAUUAUUCUAGUAAACCUGACAUGCCCUUUGCUUAUGAAGCUUUUAUGUAUCCUAUGGAGAAAUUCAACAGUGCAUUUUCCACAGGUGACAUUAAAGGAGACGUGUUGAUUGACAUCAGUGCUGGUCCCGUCAUUCACCAUCUCUAUUUAGCACAGGAAUAUUUCAAAGAUAUCAUCCUUCUCAAGCCUACUGACCACUGUAUUUUAGAAGUGAAAAAAUGGAAGACCAGCCGAACCGGAGCGUUUAAUUGGUCGCACAGCUUUACACUUGCUACAGAAAUGGCAGGAAAGAGUGACCAAUGUGAGGACAAGGAAAUUGGACUCAGGGCGGCAAUUGCACAUGUAAUUAAAUUCGAUCUCAGCAAGGAAAAUCUCACAGACCCAAUUGCGUUACCACAAGCUGACUGCCUGAUCCUUUGGGGUGUGUUCUGGAAAUCAUAAGCAAAGAUCUUGAUGACUUUGUGAGAAACUUCAAGAGGUUCUCAAAUCUUCUGAAACCUGGCGGGCACUUGCUGUAUUAUGGAAUUUUAAAUGCCACAUUCUUUCUGGUUGGGGAGAGAGAGGUUCCACGCUGUAAAAGUAUAAUGAAAGUGAUUUGACAAGCAUGCUUAAUAAUGAGGGGUUUGUUAUCAGCCAUUUGGGAGGUUUCCAAAAAAAAAAGGCUGAGAGUGAC